AUGUAUAACCAGAAGACUUUCAACGAGCUGUGCGUCCUAUAUAAUGAGAUGGUUAGAGUGCUCUUGGGGCUGCCCAGAUACUGCAGUGCGUCUGUGGGUGGUUUCGUAUGUCCAAGAGAAGAAAAGGCACUGGGUCGCUGUCUACGAGAUGUUCUGAAUAAUUACAUCCCACACAUUGCAACAGGUUUACCCGAAUACGGCAUACCACCUUGUGAGCCGCUGCUAAUACCUUCUCUGACAGUGAAGCAGUCUGCAGGUCCCAUACACGUCACCUCAUCCUAUCAUGACGUCGUCGUUAAGGGACCUGCUAGUAUGAGAGUUAAAGACGUCAGAGUAAACGCCAAGAAACACCAGGUGGUAGCAAAGCUUUACAUCCCUGAGCUUCGAAUGAAGGGCAACUAUAAGGUCACAGGGCAGCUGCUGAUGCUGCCCAUUGAAGGUGACGGAAAGUUUUCCGCCAAGUACAGUGACAUCAACGCCAUAGUGACAAUCGUCCUAGGCAGACUACAUCGUGAACUGGCUCCGGAUGCCCUCGCUUGCGAGGACUUGGACGUGAAGUUCCACGUGGGUCAGGCUUCUAUGCAGUUGGAAAACUUAUUCGGAGGAAAUAACGAACUUGGCAACGCAAUGAAUAGAUUCCUAAACGAGAACUGGCAGAAGCUAGCGGAGGAACUUCAGACCCCAAUGGAAGAAGCGCUGCGGGAUUUCCUCAAACCAUUAGGGGACCACGCAUUCGCUACUUUGGACGCUGACGACAUUUUGAUAUCUUAAUCCCCAAUUCAAUUCAAAUAUUUGCAAAUUCUAUUGAUCUUACAUAGGUAACACACUUAUAGGUGACACUUUA